UACUCUGCGAGAUGGGUGCUCAUACAGCUCCUGAACUAACACUAGGGAAAAGACAAGAGUGAGUGCAGAAAAUGUGCAAGAGGUUGGAAAAGAAGCUCAAAGUGCAAUUGGAAGGUGGUCUAAGCACAGCAGUGGGUUAUCCGCUGGACACAGUGAAGGUCAGAAUUCAGACUGAGAGGCGUUACAAUGGGAUAUGGCACUGCGUUCAGGAAACAUACAGGACAGAAAAAAUUUGGGGAUUUUACAAAGGUAUGUCUGCAUCAGUCCUCACGGUAUCGGUGAUCUCUUCUGUUUCAUUUGGCAUGUACAAAAACUUCCUUUGUGGCAUCUGCAAGCUGCGAUACGGGGUUGCAGAUGUGAAGCCAUCCAAGCUGGAUGUUUCUCUUGCUGGCGGUGCUGCUGGUGCUGUCCGGGUUCUGUUUAUGGCUCCUAGUGAAGUGGCCAAAGUUCGCAUGCAGACUCAGAGGAACCCACAUCCUUCCAUCACAUCUCCCCAGUCUGCUUCCAAACCAAAGUACCAAGGGUCUCUGCACUGUCUGAAGGUGAUCGCCAAGCAGGAAGGUUUUGGGGGUCUGUACAAGGGCUGUUCUGCAUUACUCUGCAGGGACUGCUUUUCUUCUGCAAUAUAUUUCCUCACCUAUUCUGCUCUGUGUGACUGGCUCACACCAGCUGGGAAAAAUAAACCAGAUUUCCUCGUUGUGCUGCUUUCUGGUGGUUUUGCUGGAGUCCUGGCCUGGGGAUUUGCUACUCCCAUGGAUGUCAUCAAAUCACGGAUGCAAACAGACGAAUCAGAUCAGCACAAGUACAAAGGCCUUGUCCACUGUGUUAGGGAAAGUGUGAGAAAGGAGGGUGCAAAAGUGCUCUUCAAAGGACUGGGUUUAAACUGCAUUCGUGCCUUUCCUGUGAACAUGGUGGUGUUUGUAACGUAUGAAGCUGUACUGAGAAGUACAGAUUAUUUAAACAAAAAGUAGCUUGUUCCACUCUGUUCUUAGGUGUGUUUUAGACUGUUUUUUGUAACACGACAUCCACAAGCAACUGCUGAAUGCUGUCUCCUUUAACGGGCAGCAUAAGAAGCAUGGGCAUUUCAGCACAAAGCCGGAUGACUGACAGUUUGUCCUAUUCUUAUAGGAUUACAAACUCAUCA